AUGAGCAACAACGAUUUGACUACCGGAAGAUCUUCUGACGAGAAAACUUUCCUCAAAAAUGACACGGAAUACCCCCCGUCUGUUACGGAUACCAAUACCGAUAAGUCAGGGUAUCAAGCAUGGGUUGAUGAUGAUGAUGGAGACAACGAAGACCUCCAUGACAAUGUGAAAGAGAAACAAUCCACUCUUCCUGGUGGACAAGUCAAUGUUGAUACGGAUACCAAGACCUUUGCUGAUCCCACAAAAACUUCUCCCAAGGAGGAGAAAGUUGACAAUGAUGAUGAUGAUGAUUGGGAGGAUGAAGCACAUCCGGAAAGAAACUCAGCACCUAACUCUGGUUUCUCAUUCCGAUUCUCAAUUCCAUUGGAUCCCGAUGCGGAUCAUUCGACUUGCGACCCCGCAAUUUGUGGCUUUGCAAGCAAUGCCCGGAACACCGAUGAGGAAAUAGACCCAAUGGCCCGAGUCGUCAGGGAGCUUGAUUCACUGACCAAGACAGUCGAUGACGUUGUGUGCGCAUUGGAAACGACUGCAUCUCUCCUGGGUCGAACCUCACCAUUUGGACGAGGAACACAUGUUGAUUCUAUCCGCCAACAAGCUUAUCGCCAAGGUCUGAAAGAUGGUAGUAGUAAACAUAGUUCCUCAUCUUCAUUCUACGCUGGUGCAGCUCAUGCCGCCGUGGCUGCGACUGUAGCCUAUGGCGUUAAGAGUUAUCUGAGCGGUUGA